CUGUAUUGAUAUUGACCAAUUAUUUUAGCUGCCACAAAAUUACCCAUGUUUGUUUUAUUUACUAUAUUUUUAAUCAGGCAAAACGCAUAGUACCAAUACAACAGGGUCCUUCUUCGGUUAACUUGGAAACCAUUCACCGAUGUUUGUUUUGGAGUCAUCAGUAGUAUGCCUGCUGAGAGCAAGCCCUCAGUAAACAUGGAUGAAAAAAACGUCAACUCCUUCACCAACAAAGAAAAAGAGAAGGACAAAGAGGCUGAACGGAGGGCUGCAUCUGCUAGAGACAAGGCUAAAGAAGAGGCGAAAGCCGGUGGUAAAAAGGACACAUGCAAGGAGGAGAAGAAAAAACGCCUAGAGGAGGAAAAGAAGAAGAAAGAGGAAAAGGAGCGAAGGAAGAAAGAGGAGGAAAAGCAGAAAGAGGAGGAGGAUCAGAAGAAGAAAGAGGAGGAGGAGAAGAAGCAACAGGAGGAGCUGCAGAAGAAGCUCGAAGAAGAUGAGGCCAAACGGCAGCGUGAGGAAGAGGCAGCGUUGCUCAAGGAAAAGGAGGAGGGCCACCAGCUGCACCAGGAGGCCUGGGAACGGCAUCAGGGCCGGAAGGAGCUCCGCAGCCGGAACCAGAACGCCCAGGAGGCCCGACCCGAGGAGGCCUUCUUCAGCCGCCUGGACUCCAGCCUGAAGAAGAACACGGCCUUCGUCAAGAAGCUGCGCACGCUGACGGAGCAGCAGCGCGACGCACUCUCCAACGACUUCGCCUCGCUCAACCUCAGCAAGUACAUCGGCGAGGCGGUGAGCUCGCUGGUGGAGGCCAAGCUGAAGAUUUCCGACGUGGGCUGCGCCGUGCACCUGUGCUCCCUGUUCCACCAGCGCUACGCUGAGUUUGCGCCGCUGCUGCUGCAAGCCUGGAAGAAGCACUUUGAGGCCAGGAAGGAAGACAAGUCUCCCAAUGUGAGCAAACUCCGCACCGACCUGCGCUUCAUCGCCGAGCUCACCAUCGUCGGCCUGUUCACCGACAAGGAGGGGCUUUCGCUGAUCUACGAGCAGCUGAAGAACAUCAUCGGGACGGACCGCGAGACGCACACUCACGUGUCGGUGGUGAUCAGCUUCUGCAAGCACUGUGGCGACGACAUUGCUGGUCUGGUGCCGCGCAGGGUGAAGCUGGCGGCGGAGAAGUUCGGCUUAGCGUUCCCGCCGAGCGAGAUCAUCAGCACCGAGAAGCAGCAGCCGUUCCAGAACCUGCUGAGGGAAUACUUCACCUCCCUGACCAAACACCUGAAGAAGGAUCACCGGGAGCUGCAGAACACCGAGAGGCAGAACCGGCGGAUCUUGCACUCCAAAGGCGAGCUGAGCGAGGAUCGCCACAAGCAGUACGAGGAGUUCGCCACGUCUUACCAGAAGCUGCUGGCCAACACGCAGACGCUGGCUGACCUGCUGGACGAAAACAUGCCGGAGCUGCCGCAGGACAAGACCGUGCAGGAAGAGCACGGCCCCGGCAUCGACAUCUUCACCCCUGGGAAACCCGGAGAGUACGAACUGGAGGGCGGUAUCUGGGAGGACGAAGACGCGCGGAACUUCUACGAAAACCUGAUCGACCUGAAGGCUUUCAUUCCCGCCAUCCUGUUCAAGGACAACGAGAAGAGCGGCCUGAGCAAAGACAAGGACGACGCCAAAGAUGGCAGAGAAGGGAAGGAUGUGAGCGCCACAGAAGACCUGGAGCUGGAUCUGGAGGUGCUGGACAUCGCAGACGAGCCUCUGGAGCUGGAGGGAGGAGACGAGGUGGAGAACGAGGAGCUGGCCAAGAAGCUGCUGGAUGAGCAAGAGCAAGAAGACGAGGAGGCCAACACCGGGUCGCACCUGAAGCUGAUUGUGGACGCCUUCAUUCAGCAGCUUCCAAACUGUGUCAACAGGGACCUGAUAGACAAGGCCGCCAUGGACUUCUGCAUGAACAUGAACACCAAAUCCAACCGGAGGAAACUGGUCCGGGCCUUGUUCACCGUCCCCAGGCAGAGGUUGGAUCUUCUGCCUUUCUACUCUCGCCUGGUGGCGACGCUGCAUCCCUGCAUGUCAGACGUAGCCGAGGAUCUUUGCUCCAUGCUGAAGGGAGACUUCAGGUUCCAUAUCCGUAAGAAGGACCAGAUCAACAUCGAGACCAAAAACAAAACUGUGCGAUUCAUCGGAGAACUUUCCAAGUUCAAGAUGUUCUCAAAGACCGACACGCUUCACUGCCUGAAGAUGCUGCUGUCUGAUUUCACUCACCACCACAUCGAGAUGGCCUGCACGCUGCUGGAGACCUGCGGCCGCUUCCUGUUCCGCUCGCCCGACUCUCACCUGCGGACCAGCGUCCUGCUGGAGCAAAUGAUGCGUAAAAAGCAGGCGCAGCACCUGGACGCGCGCUAUGUCACCAUGGUGGAGAACGCCUACUACUACUGCAACCCGCCGCCCAUCGAGAAGGCUGUGAAGAAGAAGCGGCCGCCGCUGCAGGAGUACAUCAGGAAGCUGCUGUACAAGGACCUGUCCAAGGUCACCACGGAGAAAGUGCUGCGGCAGAUGCGCAAGCUGCCGUGGCAGGAGCCCGAGGUGAAGGGCUACCUGAUCUGCUGCAUGAUCAACAUCUGGAACGUCAAGUACAACAGCAUCCACUGCGUGGCCAACCUGCUGGCCGGCCUGGUGGCGUACCAGGAGGACGUGGGCAUCCACGUGGUGGACGGCGUCCUGGAGGACAUCCGGCUCGGCAUGGAGGUCAACCAGCCCAAGUUCAACCAGCGGCGGAUCAGCAGCGCCAAGUUCCUGGGUGAGCUCUACAACUACCGCAUGGUGGAGUCGGCCGUGGUCUUCCGGACCCUCUUCUCCUUCAUCUCCUUCGGGGUGAACCCGGACGGCACCCCCAGCCCGCUGGACCCGCCCGAGCACCUGUUCCGCAUCCGGCUCGUCUGCACGCUGCUCGACACCUGCGGCCAGUACUUCGACCGCGGCUCCAGCAAGAAGAAGCUCGACUGUUUCCUCAUCUACUUCCAGCGGUACAUUUGGUGGAAGAAGAGCGUGGACGUUUGGACGAAGGACCACCCGUUCCCCAUCGACAUCGACUACAUGAUCAGCGACACGCUGGAGCUUCUGCGGCCCAAGAUGCGGCUCAGCUGCUCGCUGGACGACGCCACCCGGCAGGCGGCCGACCUGGAGAAGGAAGUUCUCGUCAAACUGGGCAUGGCCAUGGAGAAGGACGGCCGCUCCAGCGCCAUGAGCGAAGGUGAGCCGCUCGAUGAGGAGGACGAGGAUGAGGACGAAGAUGGAGCCGCUGACACCGAGGAGCAGUCGGGCAACGAGAGCGAGAUGAACGAACAGGAAGAGGAUGAAGGAUCUGAGAACGAGGAAGAGGAGCGAGAGGAAGAGGAGGAGGAGAACACGGAUUACCUGACCGACUCCAACAAGGAGAACGAGACGGACGAGGAGAACAAUGAAGUGACGAUCCGCGGCGGAGGACUGAAGCAUGUCGCCUGCGCUGAGGACGAAGACUUCAUCCAGGCUCUGGAUAAGAUGAUGCUGGAGAACCUGCAGCAGCGCAGCGGCGAGGCGGUGAAGGUGCACCAGCUGGACGUGGCCAUCCCGCUGCAGCUGAAGAGCCAGCUGAAGAAGGGCGGCUCCGGCCAGCAGUGCAUGGGGGAGGGAGACUCGGACAUCUCCGACACCAUGCAGUUCGUCAUGCUCACUCGCAAGGGCAACAAGCAGCAGUAUAAGAUCCUGAACGUCCCUUUGUCGUCUCACCUGGCGGCGAAUCACUUCAACCAGCAGCAGGCGGAGCAGGAGGAGAGGAUGAGGAUGAAGAAACUCACCCUGGACAUCAACGAGAGGCAGGAGCAGGAAGACUACCAGGAGAUGAUGCAGUCGUUCGCCCAGCGUCCGGCUCCGGCCAACACCAACCGGGAGCGCCGGCCGCGCUACCAGCACCCGAAAGGCGCUCCCAACGCCGACCUCAUCUUCAAAACCGGAGGAAGGAGACGCUGAUGGGAGACGGCGCCGGGCCGAGCGAGCGAGCACCAGAGAGAGAGAGAGGGAGGGGACAGCGAAUCCCUCAGACACCGGGUCGGACCAGAACCCCCCGGACCUGAACACACACUGUUAGCAAACCCAGGGAGGAGAGGUCAAAGGUCAGGGCUCAGACAGGAGGCUCUCUUCCUUUUUGCCUGUUGUCUGAAGAAAAACCCGGCAGCGGUCGGGUUUGGAGGACGGACCGGACGCGGCGGCGGAGCGUCGGUGUCACCGGGUUGAAGAUAAAUAAACCGAUUUAAGGAGAACACGUCUGCAUCUUCUUCUUCUACUGUUUCCUGUGUGCACGGAUCCUGCUGAGACCGUCUGACUGAUGCCAACGCAGGAACCUUUUGAUUUCCCGGCAAAACGAAGGUUUUCAGUUGAAUCAUGAAGCAGAAAUAUUAGAGAAUAAAAAUCACCUUCCAGAGGUUUUAAUCUGCUGAAUAAUUCAGAAAAUCGCUUCGGACUUCAUCUGCAUCCAUUUUUAAUUCCUGUUUCUCCCAUGAUUUAUUUCAGUUUAAAAGUAUUUGUUUAUUAAAAUAUUUGAUACUUUGCACAGAUUUAAGUUUUCUGCUUUUGUUUCGUUAAAAUUUGACGUUUCUGGAUCAGUCAUGAUCCUCUGGAAGGUUUUAGCAGGUCGAAACUUUGUGAUUUUUCCAUUUAUUUGAAUUUUCUGUGUUCAGUCAGACAAUGUGCAGAAAUGGCGGCUAACCGUCGGUUGCGGUUCUGAAGUUUAGGGGACUGGAGGUUUUUUCAUUUGGAAUAUUGAUUUCAAUUAUUUGAUGCAAUUUACUGACGGGAAGUUUAUUUCCUUUUAAAUGACAAAAAGUGACCAGAUCCCGUCAGCUAAAGCCCAGCAGAUAACAAUGGUGCAAAAGCAAAGGAGGUGGAUUAGCAGAUGGUAUUCUGUGGAAUGUCAUCUCUGCUGAACGUAUAUUGAGCUUUUAGCAUGUCAUGAUCAGGGCGGCUAAUCGAUUUUAUCAAUACAUAGAUCAAAUUUUCUGUUUUUUGUGAUUUUAAUUGAAUGUAAUUUUAAUUAUUGUUUCCAUAGUUCAGUGAUGUCAGAGCUCGCAGGGCGGCCAUCUUGAAUCCUAACUCGCAGAAGGGAUGAUUGAAAUAAUCUGUCAUCUGUAAUUUCUUUUUUAGUAAAGAAAGUGAGGGAAAAAAGUUAUUAAAAUCAGAUUUGGUAGGAAAAACUUAAUUUUUAAGUCAUAUUGCUCACUCUCAGUCAGGCCUUUUCAGAUUCACUGUAACACUGACAGCUACUGGAGCAUCAUCAUCCAGAGCAUCUUAGACUUGGAUGAUAUAAAUUAUAAAGGCGUUUAUUUUUUGCGGGGGAUUAAUAGUUUUAAAUUGCUUUAUUGGAUUAACUCUUUUUCAGAAAAGUUGAAAACAAACUCAAGUUAACAAAUGUUGUUUUUUUUUGUUUUUUUUUUACAAAAUUGAGGGUGUUAUUAUUUUAAUUUUCAUGCUUCCAUCAACCUCUGUUAACAUGACACUUUAAAAUUCACAUUAAAAAAAACAUGCUGGUUGAAGAGUUGGACGCCGUCCCACAGCAGUGUGUGACCUUCAUAAUGAGAAACCUGUUCAGUUCCUCCUUCACCUGUUUAUCAAUUAAUUGUUGAAUUUUCUAAUUUAUCUCGUUUUGAUUGAGCUUGUUUUUUAGUCUGGGUCUAAAAUGGUUUUAAAUCCUGACAGAUUUACAUUUAAACUUAAAUUUGCUUUAGAUUCAUCAUCCAUUUUGCUUUUAUUUCAGUUUUAACAAAAUUAAAAUUAUUUCUGCUUUCUGAUUGGAUUUAUUGGCAUUACAGAUGUUGUUUUUUUAUUUUUUUUUUUACAUGUCUACUGAUUUUUAUUUGGUUUUUUUACUUAAUUUUAUUUAGUUUUUGGCUCGUUUUGUUUUUAUGAACACAUGUUCUGUUUUCACGAGUCAGCAGAAAAAGUCACCAGUUUGCACCUUCAAAGAUCAGUUUGUCACAUUCUAAUCUAUUUUAGUCAUUUAUAAAUUAAACAGAUUUGUCAAACUAAAUCAGAUCUUGAUGACACAGCAGAAACAAAUGGCUUGGAGAAAUGUUUUAAAGUGCUUUUGUACAGAUUUUAAACCACAGAUCAAACGGAUCUGGAUGUUCCCUGAUGGACACCUGGGUGUACAUAUUUACCUUUUUUUUUGUUUUUGUGGAUAUUUCUCUUCCUCCUUUUGGACUAACGUGUUACUGUGUGCCUGAGGGUCGUCCUAGGUGACGACCUUUGCUCUCUCAUUAGAUUAAUUUGAUCUGUUCAAGCUUUAGAUGGUUACAUAUGAUCUGCUGCAUGGAGCUUUUGUUUUCUGCUGUAAAAUCGUAAAUCUUUGCGUUUCUGUGCCCAGAUUCAGGAAUCUCUUCCUGCUGAAGUUUUGUGUCGCCGCUCAUGAUGAAGAAAUUUCAGCACAAUAAAUGUGUGGAGGUGA